UAAAUGAAGAGCAAAAAACAAUCGGUUCUGCUUCUUAAUGUAAUGUGUUAAUAUCUGCUAUAUUUUACAAUAUUCAGGCUGAUUCAAUCACAAAUAAUGGAAUAAGAGACUGAGAAUAGCAUGUGUCCAAUUUGACGCGAUUCGAGGACAAACGAGUCAUUCUCAGACAUCAUGGAUUAACUACAGUACAAAUUAUGUGAUUCGAUUGGGCCCAUUGGGGCAUCCUAUGAUAACACAUCACAUCUCUAAAUGGCAGCUGCAGUUGGUGACAAUGAACGACGGUGGGUGAUCGUUGGUAUAUGUCUAAACAAAGUUCUCACUCCAGCAUUGAGAGAAGUUAUUGGAAAUGAAAUACCAAAAUGGUACCAAAGCCUACUCCCACCUCCUCACGAGAUUGAUAAGCAGACAUUAGGAAGACAUAAAAAGAAUUUGGCACCAUCUACAUUGAAAUUAAAUUAUGAAAGCAUCAACAACAAUCGUACAAACCACAAGUCGUUUGUUAAUAAAUAUGAUUAUGCUGUUAAAGAUGCAGUAUCUCUAGCGAAGUUGUUUUUGAAACCAUUCAUGGCUAACUUUAGUGGUUUUGAUGACACUAUGGAUACGUCUGCAGCUUUGUCACUCGUCGCUGAGGCUCAACCUUUUCACGCUUCUGGGGCUAGUGGUAUGGCGAGAAAAGUAAGAUCAGAUAUUAGAAAUGAGUGGGCGCAUUGUAACUUUGCACACUGGAUUGACGUCGUUUACCAAGCAGCUCUAAAAGAUAUGGAGACAUUAAUAAAUCAAGUCAACCUUACACCUUCAAAAAGAAAGGAAAUGCUUGAUGAUCUUGUUGACUGGAAAGAAAAAGGUCUGAAACUUUGUUUUGGCGAGCCAGUAGAUCCUGAACUGCUUGAACUCGUCCACACUGAGGUUGCUGAACUUAAAGAUUUGGUAAAAAUUGUUGAAGAGAAUACAGAGGAUAUUCUGAACGCAUUAGAAGCAGUCGAAAAAUCUUUGAAAGAUGAAAUCCAAGAGUUAAAGGAAAGACAACUCCGUACUGAGAAAGAUGUCGAGCAAUUGAGAGCUAAACAGGACGAUUUACAGAUGACCAUCUCGAAAAGAAACGAAAAAGAACCACGAUAUCUUUUCAUGGCGCCUAAACAGAGUGUCUGGUUUAGUGGCCGAAAAUCUGAACUCGGUUAUCUUCGAGACGUACUCGAGAAUAAGAGAAGAUGUGGCGAG